UGUGUGUCUCCUGGAGGGCUCCACUGCGCAUGCCCAGUCCAUCCCCAUCCUCAUCCCAGGCAGGCAACCUGGUGCCUCCCAGAGAAGGAAGGAGAAGCAGCCCUGCAUCACCUGGCACCCUCACCUGCCCAGGUGGGAGGAAGAAGAGGAGGAAGAGGAAGAGGAGGAGGGAGGGGUCUGCCUGGACCUUGGCCCUUGGAUGCCCCCACCCCGCCCGCCAUGCCGGGAGAAGCCCUCCAAGCCCCCCAGGCCUCCCAGCCCCCCAAGGAAGGAGCAGGAGGAGGAGCAGGCCUGAGCAGCACACCUGAGGCAGAUGGCUCUCAAAACAACUCGGCCUCCUCGACACCCAGCAGCGAUGCCCGGACGCUGCUGCAAAUCUCUCCGCCGCUGACGCCCGACUUCCAGCCCGACCUCCCCAUGGACUCCUCCCUUCGUGGUCCAGGCGUCCCAGCCUUCCUCCCGGCGAAGCAAGAAGACCGCCCUCAGCCGGAAGGCGCCAGCUGCGAUGCUACCAUGGGAGCCGCAACGGCCGGCUUGGUAGCUCUGAGUGAAUGCGGCCAAGUCAUGAUGGAGCAGGCGGCGAAGGCCGGCGAGGCGGUCUCCAAAGCACCCCCGUCAGAGGACACGCUGGACGCCAGGAUCGUCAUGGGGGAAGAGACGCAGUGCCUGGGCAAAGAGGAGGAGGAGGAGGAGGAAGAUACGGAAGGCAUGCCGGCUUCACCGAAAUCCGGCGUCUUGGAGGAAGAGGAAACGAGCGAGGCGGAAGAUGCAGCAAAACCUCUCCGCUUGAGCCACCCGCAAGCGUGCCUUCGGAAGCGCAAGGAGCCGGAGCUGGAAUUGGCAGCGAUUGCAAUGCCGGCACCAUCUUUGUUCUCUCAGGGCGACCCCAUGGCUGACGUGCCUUCCCCUUCCUCCGUCUUCGCCAAAGACCUUCCAUCGGAGCCGGGAGAGGGACAGCCCUCGCCGGUCAAGCGUGGCGUGGAUCCGGAGCUCUACUUCACGGCUCCGUCCACUCCCAUCCGGACGGCCUUCUCCCAACUCAGGCACCUGCCACCACCACAACAGAACCCGUUCUCCAAAGACGGCCUCGGCGAGGAGCAGAACGACUUGGACAACGAAGGCCUCGUCUCGCCGCCCACUUCGCCGUCGGGGUCCUACAUCACGGCUGAAGGAGGGAGCUGGGCGUCUUCGGGCACGGCCAGCACCUCCCCGUCCUGCUCGCCAAACCUGAUGGCCGAGGGGGAAACCCUGGAGUCGCCGGAUUUGGAGAGCGAGGUGACGUUCCAGGCGCUGUCUCUGGGCGCUUUGGGCCACGAUUCGUUUCCGGACGAAGACGAGGACGAGGGGCAGACGACUCCCGGAGAGGAUGAAGACUGGGUCUCGGAAACUGUGACCUGCAGGCCGGUCCCUCACAAGCCGAACCAGACUGGCCGCUCCCGGCCAAAGAGCGGAGAAGAUUCGGAAGAGGACGGAGCCGCUCUGGACGAAGCAGGCCACAAGAUUUUCAAGAUAGAAAACUUGCCUUCUCACCAAACUGCAGAGGUGUUUGCAGGAUCCAAACCCAGCCCUUUGCCCUGUUCACUCGCUGCCUUCUCUGGGACUGAAUUUGGUGGUGUGUCUGGAGUGAGCCCUUUGGUGGCCAACGUGGAUGAAUCUGAGACGGCGGCUUCCCCCCCUGACGACGAGAUGGAGAAUCCCGAAAACGACCCAAUGAUUUCUGCAUUGUUGCUGCCUUUCCAUGGCAGCCUCCUCUUCGAGGCGGAGUCCGUGGAGAUCACGCUCUUCCCUCAGGGCGAAUCAGCGGAGAACGACACCCUUUACGGCGCUGAGGAUGAGGACAGCACUUCGGCCUCCUUCCUCCAUUCCCUCUCGGAGGCCUCCAUCAACGAAGGCGUGGACGAAUCCUUUGCGUACCAGGACGACACCUCUCCGUCCUCCGACUCAGCCUCCUACAACGGAGAGGAGGAUGAGCGCUUGUACAGCGUGGAACAGUACGCCGUGGUGGCGGAAGACGCCCAGAAAGACGACGGGUCUCCCAAGGGGGACCUGGAACCAGAACGGUCGCACUCAGGGAGCGAGAGCGAGAUGGAGACCUCGUCCGACGCGUACAACACAGACGAGGAAGGAGACGUGCCUUCCGCAAAACACGAGGAGCAUCCACAGGUCACAGAAGAGAUGAAGGAAGGAGAGUCUUUCCUGGAUGUACCCAAAGCAGAAGAGGCCACACAAGAGGGCUGGAAAAGUGGCCAAAGGUCUCCUGAAGAGGUUGUGGCCUCCAUGAUGGAAGCUACAAUGCAGCAAGAGAGUGCUCAGAGUUCAAGAGGGGUCACUGUUUCUCCUGCUGGAGAAGGACGGGGGACUCCUCUGGAGCAAGGUCUUGGAGCUCUGAAACACCAGGUCAGAAGUGAAAGGGAGCGAGAGUCUCCUGGAGAGAAAGGUCCCUCUUCUUCAUCUGUCUCAGAUGGUCAAGUGACUGCGGAGAAAGACAUCCAUGACUCCGGAGAGUGCCUCAUUGCCUGCUUCGAUACGGACGAAGAAGCAGACGCAAUGCCUCCUUUGGAUGAUCACUUAGCGGGUCCAAUUGACGAAGAAUGGGCAGGACCAAUUUGUGCCGGAGUGGCUAUCCCUCUGGGUUGGGAUCCGAAGCCGUAUCCGGUUGAGUCGGCUCAGGAGGCCAACGAUGCAUCUGCCGUUGACAUUGGUGCCCGGUUGAAAGAGUCCGAGAAACGUUUGCUAGAACUCCUCGACCAAGACAGCGCCUCAGGAGGAGGCUCGGUGGACCUUGAGGGACGUGACGGAGGGACACAGGGCUCUGAGAAGGAGGUGGAGGUGGCUUCGUUCGUGUCCUUGCUUGAAUCUUCGAUGGAGCAGCCUGAAGUGGUCCGGGCGGACAGCGAGCCGACGGAGGAGUGCCUUAUUGCUUGCUUUGAGUCCGAGGAUGAGCUGGAGGAGUCCUCGUCUCUUGAUCAGAUGAACAACAACGGCGACCGCGAGGAAAUAGCAUUCGCUGAGGCCAAAGCAGGCCCCCAAACACUCAUGGAUCUCCAUGAUGACACGCAGGAGAGCCUGUUCAUGGAGGCCAGAGAGUUCCCGGUGGAGGCCAUGGUACUUCCGUCUCAGGAAACCCCGCUGCCCCAAACAGAUGUGGAGGAACUCUCUGAAUCCCAGAGCUGGACUGUGUGUGGGACACCGAGGGACUCAAGCCGUCCCAAAGCAGAGGCUGAGGAGGGACACCUCGCAAACAAAGAGACAUCGCUAGGGGACACUCCACCCCCUGAGCCUCUCAAAGUGUGCAUGGAGACCGGUGAGGCCAAAGAGGCUGAUGUGGUUGAGAGUCACCACGUGAGGGAAAUGGGCAGCCAUGCUGAAGAAGAAGUAGUCAUGGAAGAAACCACAGAGGAUGAAGCAGGCCUAUCAGAUCAACUCCCUACUGAUGAUGCCCAACCAGAAGAAGCAACAAAGGUCCUGGAGAAGGAACAGCCUGUGCUGUCAGAUGAAGGAGACGGGGACCAAAACUGGGAAACUCCCUCAGAGAAAGAAGAGGAGGCUUCAGAGUCUGGAAGUGAAGAACUCAGCAGGACAGAUUCAGUGGCGGAAACCACCACUUGGUUGAGAGACCAACUGGGAAACGAUGCUCCAGAGCUAUUGAAAUCAGGAACAGCCCAGGGAGACCAGAAGAAACCUAACCUGAGAGAUGACAACAUGAAUGUGUUGCCGACACAGAGUAGAGAGGUUGCCAUAAGUGAGACCAGCAGAGAUCUGGGCUCCAGUGAAAAGAUGGUGCCUAAAGAAGGUGAGCUGAAGGCACCGGCCAGGGCUGGUGAGGUGACUGGUGGAAAAGAAGUUACUGAAUGGCCACAUCUGCAAGGCACAGAAGUCCCAAAAUCCCAGGCAGCCUCCAAAGAUGCUGGGAAACCUUGCCACAUGGCACACAGGGAACCACUUGCAUCUCUGCCUUCUCUGGCUGGAUCCUAUCCUUCAGGCGCUAAAGCUCAGGGAGCCAGGCCUCCUCCUGCAGAAAAGGUAGAGGUCCCACCUUCUUUGGUCCAUGCUGGUUGUCACCCUCCGGCACCCAAGAAGACUUUCGCUGAGGCUCUUCUUCAGGGUCUUCUGCCCGUUUUGGAGGCUGAGCUCAGCAUGCAAGAAAAGGACUUUGAUGUCUCCUUUCCUUCUGCUGAACAACCUGAGGCUUCCUCGUCCCAGUCUCUCACAGAUUCCAGCUUCUUCACGGCAGAUGAGGGAAGGUCUCCUGAGGCCAUUCCCUUAGCUGCUUCUCCAGAGAGGGAAGACCUGCAUUCGCCUGAGCAAAUCUGGGGCAGCCCAGCCCAGGCCAUGGAGGAAAGUUGUCUUCUGGAGGACCAGGCUGUGGCAUUGGAACUGGAGAACGUGGUAGACAAGGCUGGAGAUGCCAUGGCUGGACAUGUGGCUGUGCCACUGAUGCGUUCUCCGACGGAUGGCUCCUCGGCGCAGAACAUGGCUGUCUGCUUGCACCAUACCGCUCUGCGAGAGGCUCCCAGUUCAGCCAUGUCACGUCACGCCAAGGCACAGAAGGCUGCCACAGCGGAAGUCAACACCAACGGCCAACAGCUCUUCUUUGCUUCUGAAGAAGAGAUCUUUCUGACCGAGUCCAUGGAUGCUCAAUGUGAUCUUUCCAGUGGAAAUGGAGACGAGGAGCAUACCUUUGCUGGGGAGACCACAGUCGUUGACUUGGAUGAUUCGGGCACUGUUGCCGGAGAGAGUUCGCCAACUCCCAUUAGCCCACUUGGAUCGUCUGGUGCCUUUUUGGAGACCACUGGUGGAGCAGCAAAGUCUCCGGAUGACAUUACGGACCAGCAGGAGAUAUCUCAUUUGUUGCAAGGCUCCUUUGGAUUCCUGAAGGAGCAGAGAGUGGGGAGCCCUCGCCUCAUGAGUAGCCAACUCGUGGCAGAAGCACAAAGCCUUCGCGGCAGCCUUAAGGAGAUGAUUGCGGAGAGUUCCUCUGGAGAACCCACACCCGAUCUGUCAGAAGUGGAAGACUUUGAACCACCAUAUCAAGAGCAAGAGGACACCUGGCCUUGCAAGGAUGCCAGAGGCAAAGAAGGCCACCUGGAAGCAGAGAGGCAAGAAACCAAGGAGGUUUCCAUCCCUGAGGAGAUGGCAGAGAUGCCCAUUAGCCAGGUGGUGAUCUCCGGUUCAGAAGAGGAGGACCAACCUUCCCUAGACGAUGCCUCCAUCCCUGGCGAAGACGGGGCAUCUGGGUCCUUCGAUAGCAUCCCAUCUCAGCCAGAUGAGAUGUUGCUACAGAGACCAGAAGCCGAUGUUGUGGUGCAAGAGAAGACCAAGGAGGUGACGGAAGAGACAAGAUUGAGGGGCACCACAAUGGCGGAUGUGCACCCAAAGGUGGAGGGUGUUGAGGAGGAGGAGGAAGAGAAGGAAAGCGGAAGGGUCUCCACCUCUCAGCCUCCUCCAUUGCCCAUGGACUCCAUCAUCCCUCCAUCACCCACUCCUCGUCCCUCUGAGGAACUCUCUGAGGAACCCUCUGAGGAACCCUCUGUAUCUCCUUCAUGGCCAGAACGACCGAUAUCCCCAGUCGUGGAGAAGAUGCCCGCCUCACCCUCUCCUCCUCCUCCUCCUCUGGUUUCUCAAGAAGUGCCUCCCGUUCUGCCCUCACCACAGCUGCCCCCCUCUCCCCCAGAGACCCCCUCCCAAGCCCCUUCUGCUGCUGCUGCUGCUGCUACCUCCUGGCUCCCUGCGGAAGAGGACACCCCUUCCAAAGAGACCCGGCCCCUCCUGCAGGACCCCAGGAAACCUCUGGUGGAAGCUCCCGAGACGUCCAGACCUCUGCCCUCCAGGCUGGACCAGCCCUCGGCCGGCAAGGAGUCCAGGGGUCGGAACCGGCUGCCCGGUGGCAAGGAGCCCCGCGGGAAGGACUCUGCGGCCUCCUCCUCCUCAGCAGGGGACAAGCGGGCUGACCGGGAGUCCUUCCAGCUGGACCUGAGCUCCUCCAGCGAGAGGGAGAUGUCCUACCGCUGUCCUGAGAUCGAGAGCUUGCGGGAAGCAACAGGCGCCAUGCUCUUGGACGAGAAGAAGCCUUUGGUGGGGAGGAGGCCUCAGGAGAACCACCACCACAAAGGGUCUUCGAACGACUCGGAAAGCAACGAAGGCUCCAUCCCGGAACUAGAAGAGCCGGAGGUUUCGGAACCACGAACGGCUCAGAUGCAGGCUCAGCUGACCCACUCCUUGGGAACCGGCGAAGAAUCCAUCAGCAAAGCAAAGCAGAGCCGGAGCGAGAAGAAGGCACGGAAGGCCAUGUCCAAACUGGGUCUGCGACAAAUCCAUGGAGUCACCAGGAUCACCAUCCGCAAGUCCAAGAACAUCUUGUUUGUCAUCACCAAGCCGGACGUCUUCAAAAGCCCGGCGUCAGACAUCUACAUUGUCUUUGGAGAAGCCAAGAUUGAAGACCUCUCUCAGCAGGUCCACAAAGCGGCAGCGGAGAAGUUCAAGGUCCCCGUGGAGCAUUCGCCUCUGAUCACGGAGGCAGCCCCAGCGCUCACCAUCAAGGAGGAGAGCGAGGAGGAGGAGGAGAUUGACGAGACUGGCCUGGAGGUGAGAGAUAUUGAGCUGGUCAUGGCUCAGGCGAACGUGUCGCGCCCCAAGGCCGUGAGGGCCCUCCGGCACAGCAACAAUGAUAUUGUGAACGCCAUCAUGGAGCUGACCAUGUAGCGACGGUUGGAGGGCUUCCCCACCACCCAGCCUCUGCCCGCUCCUCCUGUAUAGACGCCCCGUUGCCCAUCUCCAAUACAGCUGUUGUUAUGUUAGGAUGGCCAAUACUUAGUCCCAACUCUUCUGCAUUGAUAAUGCUGCUCAAUAAACGGUAUAUUCACUUGAACCACA